AUGGGGCAGCGACUGGCACCAACCCUUGCCGUUGCCUUUACGUCUAAAGUGGAAGCACCAGUAAUCGAUCUCAGGCCGUUACUCUACUGGAGGUAUAUAGAUGAUUGUUUUGUCAUCUGCUCCGCACAAGAGGAGAUGGACAAAUGCUUUGAGUUAUUGAACGAACAGUCAGAGUACAUGAAAUUCACCCGUGAGAAACCGAAAGAAAACUGGCUUCCAUUUCUAAACUUUCAGAUCAACCUAUCCGAAAACAGCUACAACACAAAAUGGUAUCGAAAGCCAAGCAGUAAGAAUAUAGUGGUUCAUUAG